UGGUUGCCGUGGCAGCCGGGGGCGGGUGGCGGUAGCCAGCGGGGUGCAGACUGGAGAGGCCGCGGUGACAGGAGCGCCACCCUGGCUCCCGGGGGACCUCGCCGCUCAGAGGGUGCGAGCACCAUGUCGGUCGCUACCAAGUGGUUCCGAGGGGCGCCCUUUGGGGUGCAGAGCCACAGGUUUGAUGUCUCCGCCGUUUAUCCCAACCAGAAGAAGUGCAGCACCUUCACGGAGGCCCCGUACUCCCGGAGUCAUUCUGUGGAGGUGUCCCACAUAGGCCCUGGGACCUACAGCUGCAGGGAGACCUGCUUCAGCAAGAAGAAGCUGAAGAAGGAGGUGGGCACAGGCUGGGCCCGGGCCCAGGAAGCAGCCCGGCUCACCCAGCUGCCCCACUUCCGGUACGAGGCCCUCUUGAAAGAAAGACGGCUGCAGGCGCAGAAGCUGGGGCCUGGCUCCUACAACCUCAAAGACUUCCUGGAAGAGCUGCAGCAGAAGCCAAGCAGCACGCGGGGGCUGCUAAGCUCCGGGGAGACCCGCUUCUCAGGUCUCGUGGGGAACUACUAUCCAGGCCCUGGGAAUUAUGGGGAGAAGGGCAACCCAUACACACAGCUGGAGGAGAAGGCCUGGAACCGGUCCCACGCCGAGGGCCUCAUGUGCAAGAUGUCCAACAAGCCUCAUCCCCAGUCUCAUCAGGGGAGCGGCCUGGGGCCCAACACCUACUCCAUCAAAAGCAGCAUCGACGAGUACCUGGCUCGCUCUGCGGGCACCCGAGGGCCCUAUGACAUUUUCUCCGGUGACAGAAGCAAGCCCCUGCCUUAUGGACAUUACUCUGAGCAGAAAAAAAAGCCCAGGGAACUGAUGAAUUUCCAGAGUUUUGUGGAGGAACUUAACUCACGUUACAAGAAGAAGCAUGGGGUUUUUUCAAAGCUUCCCCGAAAUCCGGACCCUUCCCCAGAGAGGAUUAACUGGUCCCCUCUUAGCCAGUGUCCCCGGAAACUAGCUACUUCUGGUCCAGGUACCUGGCUUCCCCAGGAGACAGCAUGCAAACAUGUGAACCCGCCACCAUUCCCCUUGGCCUCAGAGCGCUCAGGCGUAAAGGCAUGCCAGACAGUUCCAGAGAUCUGGAACCCAGUAGGGGUGGGCCGCUACCUCAACAUCAUGAGGAUGGAGACCAAGGACAGGCAGUGGUACCGGUCCCUGUACCUGGGUGGAUCUAAGCACUACCCUGCAGACCCAGCUUGGGACAGGGUCCUGCAGGAAAGGAUUACACCUGUUACGAAGGGCAAGUGCCGUCCAGCUGUGGAUUAUAACUCAGAUCCCACUCCUUAGAGCCUCAUGGAAAGAACAACCUGUAACCCAAGGCCCAAAGACAAAUCUGGUGGUGGGAGGAUGGGAAUGGGAUUCUUGGGGGAAAGAUACUUGAUGCGUGGGAGGGGGAGAGAUGUGGAGGGGUCACCCUGGUGAAGCCAUAGACCAGCUGUUGGGACAGCUGGGGAUGGAUACAUUCUGUUACAAGAGAUCAGUUGUCCUGGGAAUUCCAACCAGCCAGUGACACGAAUGUGGGAGCCCAGACAGCAGAUGAACCUACAGACUGGAGUGUGGGUGACCCCCAUAACCCUCCUACUGUAAGACCAGAGUGCUGGCUCCCUCUCAUUAAAGUCCAAAAGGAAGGGGCAGAGUGUAGCCUAUGUCACAUGUAGCCCUAGGCCACUGCAAGAAUACCCCACCCCUUCUCAGGAUCUCUGGAUGCUCAAGGGGCCUCUUGCCUGUGUCUAGUCAUUGGGCACAGCUGGUAGCUCUACCCCCAGUGUGGCUCAAAGGCAGGCCUGGGGGUAGAGGCCUGGGGGGACGGUUGGUGAGCACAUCCAGUUUCUUCAUCAGUGUUUCUCAUCAGUAAGCGACUGGCUGGGAUGGGUAGUGGGCCAUCCCUAGAGAAGAUCCUGGGACCCCACAGCUUCAGCCACAAAAUCUGCAGAACAAUAAAAAUACUUCACUUUC